CAUAAACACAGUUAACUUGCUGGGUGCAGCCCAUUGGGCCAAGUGAUUAAGGAAUCGGCCCGAUCUUUCCAAAGCCCGCCCAUUUGUGAGUCGGGUCCUGAUAAACAACCGAAUAUACUCUCUCUUGCAUUUGAUACCGUGCUUUCAGAUUGUAGAAAACCCGAAACUGAAGGGUUGUCUCAUCGUUGAUGAUUAUUUCCGACAAGAUUUUCUUCACUCUCUCGCGAGGUGUUUGUGCAUGCUGUGAGUAGGCCGGUACGUAAGUAUGGCACAUUUGAUCUCAACAUCGUGCUCUUUAAAAAUCUCUAGUAGCCGUAAAGCUUGCUUCCAAAGACUGAACAAUCCUUCAAAAGCAUACCAGACAUCUUUUACUCCACUUACUUCCAACCAGCCUUUUAAAGGGGUUGUCCUUAGAGGAGAUAAACCACAUAGGAAAUUUGUUGUAAAUGCAACCACAACUCCUUUAAGUCAAAAGACCCCAGCUCAACCUACCUCAUUUUCCCAUCAGAAUUCUGAUGAAUCAUCCAAGCCACAGCGGGUGAUGGUCAUUGGUGGAGAUGGGUACUGUGGUUGGGCCACUGCUCUCCAUUUAUCCAACAAGGGUUACGAUGUGGCUAUUGUUGACAGCCUUGUCCGUCGUCUCUUUGACCACCAACUGGGUCUGGAUUCACUGACUCCUAUUGCCUCCAUCCACAACCGGAUCCGUCGCUGGAAAUCUCUCACUGGAAAAAGUAUUGACCUCUACAUUGGUGACAUUUGUGACUUUGAGUUCUUAUCAGAAACCUUCAAGUCCUUUGAACCUGAUGCUGUUGUCCAUUUUGGGGAACAGCGAUCUGCACCUUAUUCAAUGAUUGAUCGGUCAAGAGCUGUGUUCACUCAGCAGAAUAAUGUGAUUGGAACACUUAAUGUUCUCUUUGCUAUUAAGGAAUUCAGAGAGGACUGUCAUCUUGUGAAGCUUGGGACGAUGGGAGAAUAUGGAACUCCAAAUAUUGAUAUUGAGGAGGGUUACAUAACAAUCACACAUAAUGGAAGAACAGAUACUUUACCUUACCCCAAGCAAGCUAGCUCUUUCUACCAUUUGAGUAAGGUUCAUGACUCAAAUAAUAUAGCCUUCACUUGCAAGGCUUGGGGAAUCAGAGCCACUGAUUUGAAUCAAGGCGUAGUUUACGGAAUGAAGACUGAUGAGACUGAGAUACAUGAAGAGCUCUUCAACAGGUUUGAUUACGAUGGAGUAUUUGGAACUGCCUUAAAUCGAUUUUGUGUCCAGGCUGCUGUGGGUCACCCACUAACUGUCUAUGGGAAGGGGGGCCAGACUAGGGGAUAUCUUGACAUAAGGGAUACAGUUCAGUGUGUGGAACUUGCAAUUGCAAACCCGGGACAGCGUGGUGAGUUUCGAGUCUUUAACCAAUUCACGGAGCAGUUCUCUGUGAAUGAGCUUGCCACCCUGGUUACAAAAGCAGGAGAAAAGCUUGGGCUUAAUGUGGAAAAAAUAUCCGUGCCGAACCCAAGAGUAGAGGCGGAGGAGCAUUAUUACAAUGCCAAGCAUACUAAACUCAUCGAGUUGGGACUGAAGCCACACCUUCUUUCAGACUCUCUUCUCGACUCAUUGCUCAACUUUGCUGUUGAGUUCAAGGAUCGUGUUGACACAAAACAGAUAAUGCCCAGUGUUUCUUGGAGAAAAAUCGGGGUAAAGCCAAAGACUGUCACAGCCUAAUCAUGGAAAGCAGGAUCGAGUGAUGUAGACCAGAGAAAAAUUUCCGUGUCCUGUUGUUGUAUCUCCCCACACCUCUGUGGGUUGGGGGACAUCCAGAGUUACUGAUUUUAUUUUUGUUUUUUUUUCUUUCUUGUCAAUGUUAGCUGCCCUUUUGUAGUGUUCUCGUAACGAAGAAUACAUUUUGUUAUUCUCUGGCCUUGAAUCACCAAGUAUGAAUCUAUGAUCAUGCAAUAUAUAUACCAGGUUGCAGAA